AUGGAUGAAACAGAGUUACGGCCCAACCUUGGUAGAUUUGUGGACAUAAUCAAUAGACCAGUAUGUGAAUCCGUAACGGUUGAGGAUUUAAAGAUCAACGGUGUUUAUCAACCACCACACUUGACCCCAGUCUUUUUCGAGGAAAGCAAGAAAAAACCGUCAAUAGAACGAGCCAAGUUGAGAGCAGCUCGGUUUAUUUUAGAAGACACUGAUUUAAAUGAAUCAGAAGAUUUGCCUAAAGAAGUUUAUUUUGGAUGUGGUUCCGAAGAAAGUUUUACACGAAGAAAAAUGAAAGAAAAACAGAAUUAUGAAGAAGAAAACUUUACUCGUUUGAAAAUAACAAAACAAGAAAAACGAAUUGAACGCUCUUUACUCCCAAAAGGUUUAUCCGAUACUUCCUCAAGACUGAGACAAAUGCAAAUACUUUUACAAAGUUCGGAUGAAGAAUUGGAAUAUAAACCGCCCCCAACAAAGGUGAGGUUUGUUGUUAUAAUUAACGAUUGA